AUGUUUUCUUCUCAACGGGUUGUUGCAAAAAACAGUGAUGCAUAUAAAGCUUGGCUUGCUGGAAUGAGUCGAAAACAAUUGAAAAGACAAGAUUUAGAUGUCGAUUUAGAUUUGAUUAUUGCAUCAGUCAGUCAAUUGGGUGUCAAUUUUCAAGCAAUUAGUUUAUGUACACUUGGUAUUGUUAGAAUUCAUCAUGGAAAAGUUAGUAUUCUUCUGUCGGAUUGUCAAAGAGCUUCAGAAAUGGCUAAAGGAAUUAAUAUGACUGUGGUUAAAAAGAAGAAAUCUGUUUUACCAAAUAUUGAAAACUUAGUAAGUCAUAAAAUCAAAAUUUGAUUUGUAAAUAUAACUAUUUCAGAAAAAUCUAGUCGCGGAAUUAGAUGAAGAAACCUGCUAUGUUCCAUCACAGGUAUAUUCUAAUAUUAUUAUUGAACUAUAAUAUUCUAGUAUUCAUUCAGAGUCAAUUAAUUUCUAAAGCAAAUCCUACAAAUAUUACUAUUAAAGAUAAUCUUCCAAUGAUUCCAUUCACGGUUUCGGUAAGUUUAUAAAAUAAAAUAAAAAAAAUAGAAAGAUAGAACCACUUUGAAGAAUUUCGAAGAUUUUGGAAAUGAAGGAUUAUUGGAUUUUGAUGUUAGUCUCAGUCAAGGAAUUUUCCAAGAAACGCCUGUGAAAGAAAUGAAUGAUGUUAGAGAAAUGGAAGAAGAACACGGUGGAGAUGAUUUUGAUCUUCCAAACAAUGAUGACUACGAAGCUCCGAUAAAGUGAGUUUCUUAUUUUCCAAUUAUAAUUUCAAAAAUAUCCAAGUUUCAUUUUUAGUAUCGAAGAAGAGACACCAGAUUUGAAAAUGGAAACAUUUGUCGAUCAACAUCAACCAGUCGAAAAUUUCGAAAUUCUCGCUUCUGACGAUAACGAUGCUCAAAUCAGUGUUGUAAAUAAUAAAGUUGAUGAACCUCAAGAAGAAAUGGAUUCGAGACUUGAUCUCAGUUCUUUGAGGUCUUAUGGAUCUGAAACGAAGAAAAGACGGAGAAAGAGAAAAUCUUUGUUUUUCGAUGAGGUAACAACUAUUCCACAAAUCGAAAUGCGGCACAAUAUGGAUGAUUAUAGGUAAUUCAUAAUUUACAUUUUCUGAAUUCACAUAUAUUCUACUGUUUUUUUUCAGUGAUUUGGUCAACUCAACUGGAAUAAUUGCUCCACCAACUCAAAAUUUGAUGAAAAUUCAACAAAAUGAUUGGUCAUAUUUGUUAAUGAAUUGUCAUGUUGAAGGAUUAAAAUCGAAAAAAUCACCCGUUGCUAAAUUUAUAAAUUCGUUAUGUGAACAAGCUAUGAAUUCGAAAACAAAGAAAUUCUAUCAAGUUCCGGAUAAUGUUAGCGAUGUAUUAGAUGUUGUAGAAAAUCAAAGAUUUGUGAGUUAAUUUUUAAGUAUAGGAAGAACAGUUCAGAAUGUUUUGAUUUCUUAAAAAGUUUAAUAUAAAAAUAAGAAUUCAGGUUGAUAACAACGAAGAAAUGAAUCAUCUUCCUGCUGGAAAUGUUGAUGAAAUUGGAAAUGUACAAAAAUGGUUGGAAGAAGUUGGAGAAGAACCAGAAAGAAUGGAUAUUGAUUUCGAAGUUGGAAGUAUUGAAAUACCACGAGAAGAACCAAUCAUAAAUCAAGUAAUUGACCAUGAUAUUGUUCCAUUUGAAGAAUUACUUCCACAAAAUGAGGAAUUUGAAAGGCCAGCAAAAAGGAGAAAAUUGAAUGAGGAAUCUGAAAAUGAUUCUGGAGAAGAAGAGGUUUGGCAUUUUGCAUUCGAAGGUAAUUUAUAGCUUUUGAUUUACAGAACAAAAAUGCGUCUCAUAUCAAAUUCCUGAAAAACCUCGAAACUUUGACUGUUUCAUCUCUAGAGGUAAGACUUUCCUCAAAAAUUAUUUUAUAAAAAAAUAUUUUAUUGCAGAAAGUCACUUUCAAUGAUAUUUUGCAAAAAAUCUCGAAAAGUAGACUCACUCGAAAAGUUGUUGCCAGAGAAUUCAUGACUAUGCUCGAACUCAAAAAACUUCGAAAAAUCGAAGUAUUUCAAGAGAAACCAAAUGAUCCGAUUGUUUUAAAAAUUACUACGGAAUGCUAA